AUGGAUCCCCAAGAACUAAGAAUCAACCUGUCCUAUCGCUCCGAGUAUAUCUCGGAGCGUGCUAGUGUGGUUGAAAGAGAAACAAGAAAGAUGGAGAUGUGGAAUGUGCUCUCCAACAUCUGGGAACCGAAAGACAACCCACAUGGAAUCGUCAACCUCGGCAUGGCGCAAAACUGGCUUCUGCGAAAUAGUGUCUCGCAACGUAUUCGCGACAGCUUUGACCCUCCAUCAAGUGCGCUUACAUAUACCGAGGGGACCACAGGUUCAAAGCGGCUGAAGGAUGCAAUGUCCAGAUUCAUCAAUCACCACUUCUUUCCUUUCAAGCAGGUUCUGCCGGAGCAUGUCUCCGUGACAAAUGGAACGACUUCAGCCCUCGAACAUAUUUCGUGGGCUCUUGCAGAUCCUGGGGAAUAUUUCCUCGUUGGCCGGCCAUACUACAUGAAUUUCGUCCCAAAUCUCACUUGGCGAUUUGGCGCCCGCCUCCUCACCGUUCUUUUCGAGAAGGAUGAUGACAGGUUCAGUGAAGUCGCCGUGGAGAGGUACCAGCAAGCCCUUGACAACGCAAAAGCCCAAGGGAAGAAGGUUGCUGGGAUUAUUCUCUGCCACCCUCACAAUCCUCUUGGGAGAUGCUAUCCUCGCAAGGUGCUCAUCGGUCUGAUGAAGGUGGCACAGGAGCACCGCGUCCAUCUAAUUUCUGACGAGGUAUAUGCCCUGUCCACCUGGGAAAAUACUAUCGACAAGGAAUGUACCCCUGACGACUUUCACUCUCUGCUGUCGAUUGAUCCCAAGGGCAUCAUCGAUGGCCAUCGGGUGCACGUUGUAUGGGGCAUGUCCAAGGAUUUUGCUGCUAAAGGCUUACGAGUUGGAGCCUUGAUUUCCCAGUACAACAGUCACCUCCACAAAUCUCUCGUCGAGACCGGAAUCUUCACCAUGAUCUCCUCGUUUUCGGACCAUAUUGCCAUUAACCUCCUGGAGGAUGAAGAAUGGCUCCAGUGGUACAUCCCAGAGCACCAGAGACGGCUCUCGCAGAAUUACACAAAGAUUGCUAGAUGGGCCCAGAACCAUGGCAUUAACUACGCAAAAGGCGCCAAUGCUGGUCUUUUCAUGUUUGCUGAUUUGGGCACUAAAUACCGAGAGACACACGAUGUGUCUCGAACGCAGAAUAUUACCCUAUUGGUCCAGCGUGUUUUGAAACAGAAUAACGUGUUCCUUUCCUCGGGGGACGAUUUUGGUUGCGAGAAACGGGGUUGGUUUAGAAUUGUCUUCUGUGUUCCAGAUUACUGUCUUUUUGAAGGACUUGGGCGUAUUAUCAAGGCCCUAACAUUGUGUUGA